ACACAUUGGUCAAAUCCUUACUAAAACCCCAAAUCAUCUCAUUCUGAUGAUUGAGAUUUCUAGCUGACUACUUACUAAGUGAAAAAAAUAUUUAAAUGUGACAAAGGAAUGACUGAUAGUCAAAAAGUACCCACCGUAUAUGGUAAAGUGCUACAGAAUGUGGACAGCCUGCGUACCGGAGCCAUUCAUACCUCACACAUUCAUUAGUAUGGAUUCAAUUAGGCUACUCAAUCAAACGAGCAGACGAUGCUAUCUUCGGUGGCUCAUUCCAAUGCAUGGUUGAAUCGUUUAGACCGAUUCGCGAACGAAUCGUUUAGACUCAGCUUUGUUCAACCAAUUCAGAGAAAAAAGAGACUCGGACAACGCUAUUUUGAGCUAUCAUUAAGGAAAAUUGAAUGCAUCCUGUCCUCGCGCCACCCCCGGCUCGUCCCAGUUGGUCCAGACUGGAUUAUAGCGCUGCAGCAUCAGCGGAUGAGAAGAGUGAAGGCCGGGCCGCUGCGCCCCUCCACCAGCCGCAUGUUCCCGCACACCGGUAUCACACAGCCCACAAGAAAUGCGCCGGACGAAUGUCGCGGAUAUUAACCUUUUUUUGAUAAAGCCGCCUAUCAGAAACGGAUUUCCUCUCCAAAGCUCUCAUUUAUAACUCUGCUGGCUGAAAUCACUGCAAGCUAGCAGCAACAUCACUUGGCACCGUAGAGGAGACGUGUUUCUGUGAGCCGAGCACCACGAACAUUCCUCCGUCUGCUGGAUGACAAAUGCCAAGCCUACGGAUAGGGAUAUUUUAGUCGGAGUAGGGGGCUUGCAGGAAUGCAAGUGCAGCUGUUUGGGGAAACCGGCUGUGAUGUGUGACCACCGCUAAAACAGUGACUGUGGAGCUCGUGUGUUUUUGCAGUCAGCACAAUCAAGGUGACGGCAGCUAGCCCGUUAGCUCUUCAAGCUAUCCGGGUAGUGCGAGACAGGGAACAGGCAACGCGUUUGAUAUCAGAAGAUCUCUGUUGUUAAACUAAAAGAAGAAAGCACAUGAAGCAUGUGUUCUUUUUAUUUAUGUAUUUAUUCAUUUAUUUAUUGUGGACGGUGCACUUAUUACGUAGGUAAUGCCAGGGGAGGCUCGUAUGUGAAGGGGAUGAACUUGACAUAUCUAUAAGAAUUUGAAAAUCUUUGUUUUUUUAUGUUAGCCGAAUACCCUCAAUUUAACCCCCUAAACCCCGUGGGAUGUCAUAUCGAUUCUGACAUUGUACACUGUAUGUUUUCAUACUUACGAUUUGGUGCCAAGCAAUAUUGUCUUAUCAGCAUUAAAUUGAACCGGUAUUUGUUUACCGCAAAAACACGCCUAUCCGUGCGCCGUUCGAGUCGACAUGUCCCGUUAAUGAGUUUAGUAUCAGUUUUUUGGCAAAACACACGAGUGUCACAGAGCGCUGGUAGCUGAAUUCAGAGUGAAUGCCAACGCUGGUGGUGAUGAUGAUGAUGAUGAUUCACUCUACGGGAAUAUGAGGAAGUUACUCUGAACCUUCACGAAACCCCUGCAGUUCCCGAUGGUGAAAUUAACCAGCGGCUUUUUGAUGAGCUGCAAACGAAAGCCGGCUGUCCUCUGGUCGCCACUGAAGUCGAGCUGACAGAAGCUGGAGGGGUUUGUUUUAAAGGCUCGGGCAGGGUGUGACCGCACUUCGUUUAAAUGUUACAUGCAGCCCUGUAUAUAUCAGCGAAGCUCACUAUGAACGCAGCCUGGAUCUUCUACGUCAACCCGUGUGGAUGACGCCGCCGCCAGCGUCCAAACACAAACCGUCGCGGAGGCAAAAGUUGAUUUUUAAAAUUAUUUCGGCUAAAGAGGAGCUGUGCUAGCCAUGUAGCUGGCUGCACAUGACCGCACUGGACUUCUCCGACUAAUGUCUAGGGUGUCAGAUCUUUUUUUAGUCUGUGUUGUACUUGUACGUGUAGAUGUAUAGGGUAGUUAUUUUAGCGUCGUCGUCGUGACUGUUUCUGGUUGCUAUGGCAUUUUUAAACGGGCCCAGACUGCUGGACUGGGCAAACUCUCCUCCACAUUUACAGUUCAACAAAUACGUCCUGACUGGUUAUAGACCCAUCUCCACCGUCCAGGAGUGUAUCAAGAGCCUCUUCUAUCUGCACAAUGAGCUGGGGAAUAUCUAUACACAUGGAAUUCCUCUGCUCUGCUUCCUGGUGCUGCUCCCGCUCAACAUCCCCUGGUCUCAGAUCAGCGUGACGUGGCUCGGUGUGGUGCACUUCCUGGCCUGCUUGUCCCCGCAGCUGGGCUCAGUGGUCUACCACCUCUUCAUGAACCAUGAGGGAGGCGAGCCGGUCUACAAAACCCUGCUCACGCUAGAUAUGUGCGGAAUCUGCAUGAUCAACACGCUAGGAGCUCUGCCCAUUGUGUACAGCACUCUUCUCUGCUACCCCUUCACACGCACAGUGGCUCUGUUGAUGUACAUCCUGCUAUCCAGUUACGCCAUCUACUGUGCCAUCACAGCACGCAGCAGAGUGCGGCGUCUGCGUUCCUUCGCCUGGCAAGCCCUUUUCCGCUUCUCCUUUUUCCUCCUGCGCUGGGUAGGUGUGGGCGGAGGGAGUCCCACCUCACUGCGUCACUUUCUCACCAUGGAUGCACUAGCGGUGUUGGGUGGGGUCAUCAAUAUCACCCGAAUCCCCGAACGCUUCCGGCCAGGCCUCUUUGACUACUGGUGCAACAGCCAUCAGAUCAUGCAUGUGCUGGUGGUGGUCUCCAUACUGUACCUACACUGGGGGGUGCUGGACGAUUUACUGUGGAUAAACACCUAUCACUGUCCCUCAGACUGACGGUGGCCCCUGCUAGUCUGGAUUCGUGGGUAAUAGGGCGCGAGGACCUCUUUUAGUAAUGAGAUGUUUGGGAAUGCAGCGUUAAUUGGGCAAGGAAUGGUUGGGGUUGGGGGGAGGCUGUUGUGCUUUGUAUAUAAAUGUGUGCACGAGAAGUCCAUAAGAAGUGUUUUAAAUGUUUUUUUAGGAGACACCAGUGCCAGCUUCGACACACAUGCUUGUUUGUGCCGUCAGUAGCCAGAAUGUACAUAUCUGUGUUUGCAUAAACAUUGUCUGUGCAUGGCACUGUUUAGACCUACUAGCCCAAAAAAUGCCAGAUUUAUUUUUUUUUUGGUUCAAGAUCUACACAAUCUACAGGAAUACACACACACACAUAUAUGCACACACAUAGGGUCUGACAUUAUUGGAUGUCAUAUAUUCACCAGCGUUUAAAGCAUUUAUUAAAAAGCCUCUAAAUUUAGUUUUCGCUAUAUAAAGACAGACAGAAUCGAGCCCGUAGAUAAUUGGCUCUCGAAAAGCAAGAUGUAACAUAUCACAUUAUCAAAAACUCUGCUCAAAAUAGCAUGGCUUUCAUGACAACUAAUUACAGUUUGUCUCUAUUUCUCAAUUUUCGCUGGUGACACCAACAAAAUCGCCGGUGCAGAAAUGACGUAUGCACCUCGAACUUACUCUAUUGCAGACUAUGCAGCAUAUCAGAUGUUACAUCAAUGCGAACACUACAAUACACACUACACACACACUCUCACAAAAUGUACUGUAUGCCCGAACUCACAGCAACAUUUACUGGAAAUACUUGAGUUGAUUUUACUUGUUUUAUCACUUUUUUGUGUGUCAUUUCCCUGUUCAGGUCCAUAUAUUCACAAUCGUAAGGUUGAAAGGGUCAUUCCUUGGUUUGUUGCCUUGCUGUUUUUAUGUUUACUGAGUGAUUAAAGUUGCUGAGAGGGCGCUUUAGGGUUUGAGUGCCCUUGGUGGCUUUGAUCGUGUUUGAUAGCAUCUAAGGGGCAUUUGGUUAAUGCCGUUUUUUUUUGCAGGAGCAUGAUUUUAAUAAUGCCUUGGGAAACAUUUACCGUUACCUGCAAUAGAUAUUUCCUCUGCUCUGCUGCUAAACAGUCCAUUCAAGCUUGUACACUCGUGGUUUUUAAUAUCCUAAUCUGUAGUUUGGAAGAUUGAAUUUUGUACAGCUCUAAAUUAGAUUUCAUUUCUUCCUGACCUUUAACCUCAAUUAUCCAUGUAACCUUGGGUUUAAGACGAGGAAUAUUAUUUUCUUGAUGGUGUGCUGUUUGCACGAAGGCUUUAAUUCUCUGCUGGCUCUCCUCCACUACUGUACACCUGAUGUUCCCGCUCAUCAGAUGUGGCAGAGGAACAUUGGACUCCAGAAUGGAGCUGUAUUACACUAUGAAUUCCUAAAGGAUGACUAAGGGAAUAUUGGUACGGCUUACUUGUGCCAAACUAAUGCUAUAUAUAUAUGGUUCUUAUUUGUAAGAAACGUCAAGACUUAAUAAGUUGUCCAUGUUCUUCGAUGGUCCAUGUCCUUGAAAUGCAAUUUUAUCUACUUUCUUUACCGGGUACAGACCAAAUUUUCUGCCUGCACAGAUGAUGCACUUGUAACAGCACAGAAGUAAAGGGUGAAACAAAAGUGUUCACCAGGUAAUCCUAUGCAUGUGUUGAACACAUCCAUUCAUGCUCAUCUGUGGCUGAGAAUAUUUUAAAGGCUGUGCAGAGCAAAUUAAGCAUUAAAUCCUGAGAAAUUGGAUGAAGUUAAUGCACAGGAUGUAUAUAUUUUUCAUUAUGUACCCUCUAAUUUCAGAUAAGUUGCCAAAAGACUAAAGCUAAACAGUCUCCUACUUUAGAAAGUCAAAUUCAAAAGGUCAAUUCACACUUCAUUGGGUUUUGUAGGAUUAGUCGAUGUGUGUUUGCAUCUGUCAGAGCUCGUUUUCGUUAGUUGAACAUGCUGAAUUGGUGUUUGUCGGGUCAUAGAUUGUCUGAACAGUGAUGUGCAUCAUCUGGCGAUUGUCUGCGUUGGUCUGCAUUUGUUGGUGCAGUGUGAAUUGGCCUAAAUAAAUCACUUCCUCUGGCUGAUUGCACUAUGGAAACGUUGACAUUGUUCCAAAUGUGCAGUAUUAAGGAACCUUAUUUUUUUUUUGCACAUUUGGAUUUAUCUUGGCACAUUUAUGCGCUACUAUGUGAAACAAACCAAGGAUGACUCUUUUUACCCUUGCAACCUCUAUAGCUUGUGACAAACAAAUGACACAAUGUGAUAGAUUGGGAGACACUAUCGCAAUGUAGCUCUCAGAAUGAACAUCAGUGAGGUCAUUUCAGUUCUCUUGACAUUAUAUUUAAGAUGUUGUUGAAAAUGUUUGAAUUUUUUUGUUUUUUGAGUGCAUCUACUACUGUUUUUAUUUUAUUAUUAUUAUUAUUAUUAUUUUUAACCAGUUGGGGAUCACAUAUCUUUACACAACCACAGCACUCUGAUAAUCCUAUAGCAGAAGUCAGACCUAUUAGUGUAGAACCAGUGCAUGUUAGGUAGAAUGUUGCUCCGAUAUAUCUGACAAACUCAAAUAUACUCUAUGCCAAAUUAGCUGUUUUGGGGCCUCAGGUGUCACACACAGCAGUCCCGAUCCUAGCAGCCACAAAUACAGUCCCUCACCUUUAAUGCUAUUAAUUGACAGCUCUGAAAUGAAGCGGUGCAUGUAAAUACCAGUAAAGCAAUCCCCUGAAAACACAACGUACGAUUUGUAAUGCUUGCGCAAUGCAACCACUGACGUGUGCUUAAUGUGCAGUAACAAAGCUAAUGCUUCAAAGCACGUCUGUCUAUAGAAAGGGAAUGAAAUCAGGAGGGCAGCCCAGAGGCAAUACAACCAUAUCAAGUAAUUAACUGCACUGUUUAUUUUUUUACCAAAAGGGCUUUGGAUCAAAGUGAAAAACCAAUUAGAAGUCCAUAUGGGUAAGGUAAAUACCUAUAUGUAGACUGUAUAUGCAUAAAAUGCAAGCGGCAUACAUACUGACAUUUUUAUAUAUUCAUAUUAAUAUAUAAAGCAACAACGUUCUAAGAGAAUAUAUUGAAUGUUUAUGUAUUUCAUCUCAGAGGGGGCGACACUUGAUACGAAUUGUCCGAUUUCAAAAACAGCAGCGAUUUGAUCAUCCUGUAACAGUAAAAAGCUCAAAUUGUGACACCACAAUGAACGGCCUUGAGGGGAGCUAACAAUGCUGUUGCAUUAUUUAGUAGGGUUAAUGUCAUAAUGAUAUGUCUGUACUACUAUGAUGUCAUAACGUCAACACGGUCUUUGGUUUUUAAACAGUUUAGAAGCGAUUAUAACAGUUCGGUUGGCAAAAUCUCAUUUUUUUACGUUAGAAAAGGUAAGGAGAGGCUGCAAUACAGUUGUUUUGGGUUGAAAAAAACUAAAAAACGGGGGUCCUGAUAUGUUAUUACCUCUGAAACCCACUGGAUAACUAUGCAUAAUUGAAAUAUGUACAUAUAUAUACAUACGCAAACAUGUUUGUACAUGUGAAUUCCAAAAAAAAAACGAUGUUUCACCAGUCCUGAAAAGAAAGAUCUGUGUAUUCACACUAACAUGUUUAGCUCAGACCAUGCCAUCCUGGGGUUUCCUCUUCUCAGGGUGCCCUGUCAGUGCUCACUUGUAUUGAGUGACCUCAACUACUGAUUUCGGGCCAGUUUUUCUUUUCAUCCUGUCAUGUCUUUUUUGCUUGUUCUGGUUGAGAUCGAAGACUGAAAAACCAGUGAUGCCAGUGGUGUGUUUUUAAAGGGCAAAGGUCACGAUGGCUUUUAUCAGUCAUCAGGCAUUUGGACCAUGCAUCUUUCUUGAUGCGUAUUGCCUUUGAUGGGCCGAAUGUGUCCAUAAAUGCUGAUCAAGAAUGUGUUUAUUCAUGUAGUUAGUUAGGUGAUGUGAGAAUGUGCAGAGCAUGUUACAUCGAGCCCUAAAGGAAGUGGAUUGCAUCAGAACCCACGUUUUUGGAGGUGGAACGAGGAUGAUGUUCUCAUGGAUGAUGUUCUCCUGUCUGUAUAUUCUAACGUCCUGUGGUUGAAAAAAAAAAAGAAAAUAAUGACAUGAUGUAUGAAACUAUAAUACCUUUUUUUUCUUAGUAUGCAGGUGCUGGAUAGCCUGUUACUGAUAAUUUAAAAACGACUCCUCAUUAGUUACAUUUCGCAUUAUUAUGAUAAUGGAAAUAUUGUUAUUACUAUUAUACUGAAAUGGAUUACCACUAUUAAUGAUAAUCUUAAUUUAAGUACAGAGGCUGAGAAGCUAAUGCACAUAGGAAGGCAGGAGGUCUCUGAAAGAUCUGUCUUGUUUCUGUUUGUUUUUUUCACUCUUUGCUUGAAUGUUUCUUUUGAAUUUGAUUGUCGUGUGGCACCAUCUGGUGGUCAAAGCACUCUACUGGCUCUGCAACAGCGUAAUUGAAGCCUUGUUUGAACCUUGUUGACCUUCUGGAUGAAGUUCACCCGAUGAGCCCUGUUAGCACUUAUUUUUCUUUUUUGUUGUUUUAUUAGGUCUCCUUAACAAAUUUAUUACAAGCAUUGUUGUAACUUUGGUUUUACGUAAACAUUUCUUGUUGUAAGUGGUUUCAUCUACAAGUGUGUCUCUUUGUUGGUUUAUUUUUUGGGCCUAUAUUUCUCUCUCAGUCUAUUUGUAUGUCCACGGUUACAUUUGUUCACACAGACAGAUCUUCCAAACCCCAUAGUCUCCUGCAGCGAUUGUGCAAUAAACUGAGGUUUAUAUUUUUA